CACCAUCACUCAAAAAAAAUGAAGAAAAUGAUAAACAUGUACUACACAAAUUCUGUUGCAAAGUUUGGUGUCCCAAUUAUUCUCUUUGCACUCACAUUUAUGCUUCUUCACCAUAGAUCCCCUCACUUCCACACACUCCCACAAAACACUCACAACACUUCUGUCCCCAUCCAACAAAAUCUAGUGGAUGUAGAAAAAUGCGAUUUUUUUGUGGGAGAUUGGGUGGCUUAUGAUGGAGAGCCUCUUUACAACAAGAGCUGCGGUUUCAUCAAUGGAAGCAACCAGAACUGUAUGGAAAGCGGGCGACCCGAUUCGGAUUAUCUUCACUGGAGGUGGAAGCCACGCGCCUGCCACUUGACCCGGUUCGACCCGCUCCGCUUUCUUGAGAUUAUGAGGAACAAAAGGUGGGCCUUUGUUGGAGAUUCCAUAUCAAGGAACCAUAUCCAAUCCCUCCUUUGCAUGCUCUCAACGGUCGAACAUGCUACUCUGAUCUACCAUGACGAGAGCUCCCAAUCUCAGACAUGGCUCUUCCCUUCCUACAACCUUACAACCUCGGUUAUUUGGUCUCCAUUUCUAGCAAAAGCCAACAUACCUCAAAAUAUAUACGACGCUUCUCCAUCUGAAGUGGAUGUGCAUUUAGACACACUCGAUCCUAGCUGGACCGAUCAUUUCAAGACGUGGGAUUACACGAUUUUUUCGGCUGGGAAAUGGUAUAGUAGAAGCUCAAUCUACUAUCAAAACGACACCGUAUUGGGGUGCCAUUACUGUCCCAAGAGGAACCUGACCGACAUCGGGUUUGACUCUGCCUAUCGCAGAGUCAUUAGGGGCGUGCUCGACUACAUUGUCGAGUCCAACCACACGGGCACGGUGUUUUACAGGACUACUAGCCCGAGCCACUUUGAGGGGGCAGAGUGGUACGAUGGUGGAGUGUGUGAGAGGAAAGGACCGGUCAAGGAGGGCGAGUUCGGGCUAAGCUGGUUGGACAAGAUUCUUCGGGAUAUAGAGAUUGAGGAGUUUGGAAGAGCAUAUGUCGUGGCUCGAGAAAAGGGGGUGAAACUUAGGGUUUUGGAUGUGAAUCCGAUGUCGUUGUUGAGGCCGGAUGGGCACCCGGGGGCGUUUAGGGUUUCUCGAUCGUCGGCCGGUGAGGGUAAGGAUGCAAAGGUUGUUAGUGAUUGCUUGCAUUGGUGCUUGCCUGGCCCUAUUGAUUCUUGGAAUGAUGUUUUGAUGGAGAUGGUUGUGAAUGGUUGAGACUGUAGCAUGAGUGUGUUAUGUUUUUUGACCAAAAGUUUUGAAUUUAAGAUCAUCUACUUAUUUAAUUAUGUGACAUUGUAUAAAUUGAUAUACUGAUAGGGUUCAAGAUUUCCAAAGACUA